CUGAGUUCCAGGAACCAAGGGAACCUCUCCCACUGCAACUGCCCUUUCCUUCCAGUUUCUCAGGCCUGGUUAGUGAGGGCCAUGGGGCCCCCACCCCUUCAGCUGCUACUCCUGGGUGCCCUGGCCCUUAGGGAGACCUGGGCAGACCCCCACUCCCUGAGGUAUUUACACACUGCGAUGUCCCGGCCCGGCCUCGGGGAGCCCCGCUUCAUCGCAGUGGGCUACGUGGACGACUCGCAGUUCGUGGGGUUCGACAGUGCCGCUGAGGGUCGGAAGCUGGAGCUGCGGGCGCCCUGGGCAGAGCAGGAGGGGUUGGGGUACUGGAACAAGGAGAUCCAGAGGUUUGAGCGCAGUUCCAGGACUGCACGAGUCCUCCUGCUCAGCCUGCUGGACCACUACAACCACAACCAGGCGGGGUCUUACACCCUCCAGGAGAUGUACGGCUGUGAGCUGGGGCCCGACGGGCGCCUCCUCCGCGGGUAUGACCAGUUCGCCUACGAAGGCACCGACUACAUCGCCCUGAGCCAGGACCUGCGCUCCUGGACUUGGGCGAGCACCGCGGCUCAGACCACCCAGCGCCAGUGGGAGGCGGCGGGGGCGGGAGAAGUAGAUCACAGGAGGAGCUACCUGGAGGGGGAGUGCAUGGAGACGCUGCGCAGAUUCCUGGAGCACGGGAGGGAGAUGCUGCAGCACUCAGACCCUCCAAACACAUACGUGUCCCACCACCCCACCUCUGACCAGAAGGUCACCCUGAAGUGCUGGGCCCUGGGCUUCUACCCUGCGGAGAUCACCCUGACCUGGUAUCGAGAUGGGGAAGACCUGACCCAGGACAUGGAGCUGGUAGACACCAGGCCUGAGGGGAAUGGAACCUUCCAGAAGUGGGCAGCUGUGGUGGUGCCUUCUGGAGAGGAGCAGAGAUACACGUGCCAUGUGCAGCAUGAGGGGCUGCCGGAGCCCCAAGUCCUGAGAUGGGAGCCCCCUCCUCAGCACUCCACCCCCACCGGGGGCCUCAUUGCUGGCCUGGUUCUCCUUGGAGCUGUGCUCACUGUGGUGGCUGCAGCUGUGAUGUGGAGGAAGAAGUGUUCAGGGCGACAAGGAGGAAGCUACACUCAGGCUGCAGGCAGCCACAGUUUUCCAGGGCCCUGAUGUGUCUCUCAGCCCUAAAGAUUUGUGAUUCAUGAUCUCCUGGUUCAAACUAUAAUGAGAAACUACUUCACACCUGUGAGAAUGACCCAAAUCAAAAAGGCCAGAAACAACAGAUGCUGGUGAGAAUAUGGAGCAAGGGGAGCAGUUUUGGGGGUGUGGACUGGUUCAGCCCUUAUAGAAAUCCAUGUCAAGAUUCUGAAAAGACUGAAGUGGAUCUGCUGGAAACGCCCAGGUUCCUCCCCGGUGUCUGGAAGGGCACAGACUCAGGCUGAGAUGGGAAACGCCACCCCCUGGUCACUGAGCACCAGUGACAGCAGCCAAGCUGGGCAACCCCUCAGUGCCCACGACAGGGGAGAAGGCAGGGUGGGAUCCAGCUUCAGAUUCACCAACUCCUGCCAUCUCGGCAGCGGGGCUGGCGCUGGAGGGGACUGUGCCGACCCCCCGUGGGGUCAAAGGAGAGAGACAGAUGCCUGAAGGCAUCACUACAUGUGGACAUGGAGAUGCCAACCCACACAGAGGCCAGGUGGGGCAGACUUCAAUCCUAACCGUGCACCCCCAGUCCGUGCCUGGUGCUGGCCAGGGCUGCAGACCAGCCCGGGCUUCCUGGCCCAGCUGCACUGAUGGGGACUGAACAUCUCUAGCUUGGAUCAGACUCAUUUGAUGACAAAGCCUGAUGCCAGCUGACUGGGUCCCCCAUUGUGUCUUGUUGCGCCUACAACACCCCAGGAUCCUCCAUCCCCUGCUGUUUGCUGGGCUGUGACAGAUCUUGUACUUGAUACUGCAGGUUAUGAUUUUUACAGCAGUUUUAUGUCCAACCAAAGGGCCAGAAGGUGACAUCUUGGGACAAACUGUUCCUCUCCUGACUGACAAGCAUUGGUGCUUUGAACCUUUUCUCUUUGCAACACAACUUUUAUUUUGUCUACGAUCAUUCUGUACUGAACCACCCACAGUUUGUAAAGAGCUGAGUCUACUGAGAACCAUGUUUGCUGUCACCUCAUUACCAGGAUUAAGUCUCCCACUGUUUUCCAGUUCCUGUGGGGCUGAGCCUACAGCAUAUUACAGGCUGGACCCAGCUCAUCCCAGUGUGCUGUCCUCCCUCUUCCUCAGUGACAUGUCCCCUGACAGGCCUUCACCACAGACCCUGUGUGAGCGCGUCCCCAGACCUCUCCUCCAGGAGAUUCCUGCUCACCCAUAGGCCACGCUCCUCCCUGUGGGGCCUCUUCAGCGUCUACCUGUCCCCUCUCCCCUCCCAUCUUCCCGCUGCACAGCGGGUUUAUUUAGGUUGUACAUCUCAGUCACUACUGGCACAACUUCCACUCAUGAUGGUGAUUUCUGUGUCCUCAAGUCUGAAAGGGAGAAGAUAAAUCUUGUGACAUUAAUGUAUGGGAGCAACAGACUUUUACAAUGGUAUCUUAUCCAUUAUUUAAUAAAUGAGCUAAAAUAAAUAAAAGUUGGUUAUGGCAUUAAAAGAUACACACUCAAAAAGCUCACCCUUGAAUCUACUGCAUGACCAGCUGCCAGAGGGCAGUGGGGGGUGAGGACAUGGUGGGGAGGGGCACGCGGACCGUGAUGGUGACUGUGGUGCUGGGGGUGUGGUGCAGGCAGCGACCCUGCCUCCUACACCAAUGUUACCUCAAUAAAAUAUUUGUGUGUGUUUUUAAGAGCUCCGGGAGUGAGUUAUGACAGGGACCCCGACAUACCUGAGCCUGCCUGUCUCCAGGAUGUGGGCGGCAGCUGUGGCUGCAUAUAGCCAGGUCAGCUAAGGAUGGGAUUCCAGCCGCAGGCCUCACACUCGGUUUAUUUCUGUUAUUUAUCGCUCUG